GCUGUUUUUUGAGACACAAGCUUUCACACAGAUCAGGAAUGAUCCAUAUCUAAAUCUUGAUCAUAGGGAAGGAAGCUAAUUGUGAUCAAGACUGAGCAUACCCUUUGGGAAUUUGCUGCUUUGUGAAGAGGCAUGGAUGGGAAUUUGCUGCCUGUAGAGGGAUGUCCUCCCCUUCAAAGAAAUUUCAAUGAUUUAAGGCCACAUCUUCCUCCUAAGAAAUCUAAAAGGGGUGUUCUUUUUUUUGAGGUGGAGAUCCUAGAUGCCAAGACCCGGGAAAAGCUGUGCUUCCUGGAUAAGGUAGAGCCCAAUGCUACCGUAGCCGAAAUCAAGACUCUCUUUACUAAGUCUCACCCUCAAUGGUAUCCAGCCCGGCAGUCCCUGCGACUAGAUCCCAAGGGAAAGUCUUUAAAGGAUGAAGAUAUCCUUCAGAAUUUACCAGUUGGGACAACAGCAACACUGUAUUUCCGGGACUUAGGAGCACAAAUCAGCUGGGUGACUGUAUUCCUCACAGAGUAUGCUGGGCCACUGCUCAUCUACCUGCUCUUUUAUUUCCGGGUUCCCUUCAUUUAUGGCCCAAGAUAUGACUUCACCUCCAGCAAGUAUUCUGUUGUUCACCUGGCUUGCAUUUGUCACUCUUUCCACUAUGUCAAGCGCCUCCUGGAGACCCUUUUUGUCCACAGAUUCUCCCAUGGAACAAUGCCCUUACGUAACAUCUUCAAGAAUUGCACUUACUACUGGGGCUUUGCAGCCUGGAUGGCAUACUAUAUCAAUCACCCUUUGUAUACACCACCUGCAUAUGGACAUGAACAAGUGAAACUGGCACUUAUCAUAUUCCUGUUCUGUCAGCUGGGAAACUUUUCUAUUCAUAUUGCUUUGCGGAAUCUUCGUCCAGCUGGUUCAAAGACCAGGAAGAUCCCAUUCCCUACCAAGAACCCAUUCACAUGGCUUUUCUUGCUGGUCUCUUGCCCCAAUUAUACCUAUGAGGUCGGGUCUUGGAUUGGUUUUGCCAUCAUGACUCAGUGCCUUCCAGUGGCUCUGUUUUCCUUGGUUGGAUUUAUUCAAAUGACCAUUUGGGCAAAGGGAAAACACCGAAGUUAUCUGAAGGAGUUCCGGGAUUACCCACCACUACGUUCACCCAUCAUCCCCUUUCUGCUUUAAACCCUUUUCUGCACUAAGAUAUCAGUCUGGGCUGGUAGUUUCAUUUUGUUUUUUAUCUUCUUGAGCAGCUGUUAUUGGAAUCUAAAACAGGGUUUUCUUUCACUGUCCACACUGUGUUUUGAGGAGGUUGUUGGAAUUCCGUGCUUUUUAAAGUUAACUGCCCUUCCCUCCAUCGUCUUUGUCUUAUCUAUUCCGGACCCACAUUCAACUUAGAAUAACACUUCCCUACAGGCACCAUGAAGCCAAACACUGCAGCAGAGAACAGAGGGAACAAUCCGAUUUUACAGGGAAAAAAGGUUGAACAGCUGCUAGGCAUUAUGUCUGUAAGAGUAGCUACCAUAAAUGGAGUCUAGACAGUUGGACAUUGGUCAAAAGUGAAGACUUAGGAUAGCAGUCUUAAUUUUAGAAAAGUUGUCCACCAAGAUUGUUUAGCCCUUUGGAUUUGAAAGCAGUAAAAUGCUUUGGAAUGCAUGGUGCCAUUCCUAAACCAAAUGGGUCUUUUCCUGGAAUCAUGCAGUGGCGGCUGUACAGUCCCAAGAAAAGGCAUGGCUGCUUUAAGGAGUUGCAGACUGAUGCAGUGAUCAUGGCCUUGUGUGCUAUGAAGCACCUUUUUACGUUUGCAUUCAAAGCACAGCACAGUCUAUUAGCUCAGCUUUGGGCAUCCUCCUAGUAGUAAAUACUGUUAUGGAUUUUUUUUUAUUGUGGAAUGAUCCUUGGUACUAAAAUUUUGUAACGUUUUUUCUGGAGGGAAAUAGACUGAUUAAGAUCAGUGGCAAUGCUACCUUCAUCUUUUCUGUAGGAUGACCUUGUGUCUCUUUUUAGCCCUUGCUCAACUAGUAGGCAUUGGUGCUUGAAACCAAAAUUGGGAAUGGCUCAAUUAAAAUAAUUUCAUAAGGGCAGAACACAUUAUUUAAUUAUCCCAGGCAUAGACUAAAGUUAUGACAUGGCAAAGUUAUCUGGGGGGUAUUCCCUGCUGUGAAACAAGGAGGCAAAUUAGUUAUGAUCUGGUAGUAGCUCUAGUGUUAAAUAAGUUGUUUCAGUCCUAUCCACCAUACAAACUGGCCCUUUAUCAUCAGCAUAAAUGCUUUCCUUUUUCCUAGCAGAGUGUGAUGUGCACUGAACAGCAUCUGCUAAGUAGAAAUGCAUACUUUUAAGUUCACUCAAUUUUCUGUGAUGGUAAAGUAGGCCUCCUGUACUUAAGAGAAGAGGUUCUUGAAAUGCAGGCCUAACAAAUACAGUCUUAUGCCUAACUAGCAAUAAUUGUGUAUCUCUCUGUAACACAGGCCUGCUGAAAGGUGUGUGGUCAUUACAAAUGGCAUCAGAGCAACUAUGGAGAUAUACAAGUGAAACUUGGAUUUAAUGGACCAGAUGGGGAAGGAGGGUUGUUAUUUCUGUUGUCCAUUAAAUUGGAGAGUAAGUGAUCAACAACAAUGUAAUUAUGCAAAUGUGCAAAUUACAUCAUUUGAGGGAUUUAUUUCAUUUGCAUAAUAUACUUACAAGUGCACUGAGAAAUUGGGGAGGAAUCCUGCUUUGAGACUUGACUUGUAAUGAUUUCUAGCAAUAAAGAGAUAAGGGAAGGCCUAUUAUUCCUCCUAUAGUAAAAUAUUCAGUGUUGCACAACUGAAGCCUCUUAGGAUCGGACUGUCUUCUUGAGAGGAGGUUAUUUUUCUGUUUGUCAUUGCUAGUAAGGUUGUGAUGCUACAUAUACAUACUUCUUGGAUUAUGACAGCAAUUGGGACCAGGAUUGCCACCACUAUGUGAUGCGGUCAUAAAGUGCGACAUCAUGUGACUGCAUCACUUAGCAACAACAAUCCUGGCCAUCCCAGUUGCCAUUGUAACCCCAAGAUGCAUGGAUUGUUAAGUGGGAAGCGGCAGGAGUCCCAAGUAAGGAGGGCUGGUGCAGGCCAUGCAUGAGUUGGGGGAGGCUGGGGGAGGGCUUGGGAGGCCUGGAGCAGACCAACUCUGCACAAGCACAGGAAAGCUGGGGGAUGGAUGCUGUGGCAGGGUGCGAGCACAGGAAGGCCGGGGGACUUACCAGAGCAAUGUGCAACCUUCCCUGCUGGCUUCCCCAUUGACUUUGCUUGUGGGAAGCCAGCAGGAAAGGUCGCAAAUGGUGAUCAUCUGACUGUGGGAUGAUGCAACUGUGGUAAGUGCGAUCUGGUUGCUAAGCGCCUGAAUAAUGACCGCGGGGGCACUGCGACGGCUGGAACUUCAAGUACCGGUCGUAAGUACCACUCCAUCAGUGCCGUCACAACUUUGAACAGUCACUGAAUGAGUGGUUGGUAAGCCAAGGCUAUCUGUAUAUUUAAUUUGGAGGAAGCCCUGUUUGAAGUAGUGGGACUUGCUUCUAAACAAACAUGUCCGCAAUCAAGAUGAAUGUUUGCCAUAGUCUUAGGUUAUGCUGCAUGUGAGCAGUGAGAUUUUGGAAACCUACGCUCCAAUGCUGCUGUUAAAUGAGCCACUGACUUUUUGCUAUAAUCCAUUUCAUGUGGAAAUUUAUUUGAACUAAUCAAUAAAAAAAAUCCAGCCA